AUGGACUCAGCGACAUCGACGCGACACUUUGCUUUCGACCACGAGAGACGCGCGAGCAUGCGACCACCACGACGCCCAAGAGGAUACAGUCCUAUCUCGCUCUGCUGCGUCCGGCAUCUGCUGGUCGUCGCGUUCUUGCUUCUAAGCGCGAGCGACGCGCGCCGCGUCAUCGCUGAGCACUUGCACCCAUCGCGUCGUCAAGUGGAGAUCCGUGUCGACGACUUUUCCUUCUCGGACGGACAAGACAAGAAGCAGCAGGUUUUAAUCGAGGCACGGGAUAUCCAGAGCUCGGAGCUGACUCGAUGGCCGUCGACGGACGAUUUUCACGUCAUUACGUGGGACGUGAAAGACGAACCAGAUGCAAUAGUUCCUGUGGUAGAAAGUGCUGUUGUUGAAGAAACGGGACUAGUGGAGCCACUGGCAGUUGCUGUUGUAAAUGAAAAAGACAGCGAAGAGACGCUUUCCCACGAAACGGAUACGUUUGAUGUGGAAGCUGAUGGAGCAAAAAAGAUGGAAGAUGUGGUAACGCCUAUGGUAUUUGCUGACACCCACACAGCCGUGUGGUGGUGGAGUCAUAAUAAGACUGAGCUCACGACACAAGAACAAGCUGCCGUGCUGGCAGUGGUAGUUACAAUGCUGCUGAUCAUUGGACUUGUUGUGGCAGGAUUGUGGCACUUGUCGUGGUUAUCGUGGCGGCUCUAUCGCGAACGACAGAUUCUCUGGAAACUUUUUUGUGAAGAGGAUCCGACCGUGUUGGAGCAGGAAUUGCGUGAAUUUCCGGUUGACUUAUUGUCGCUGCGGAUCAAGCAGAUUGCUUGCGUGAGGCUACGCUAUUUGCAGGUUGUUCAGCAGGCAAACGACUUGAAGCAGCAGCUCAUGGCGGUUGAGUUUCGUGAGACUGACAUGACGUUAGUGAACAUGCCGCUCCACAUGACGAAUCGGAAGGAAAUGACGUUCGCAGAGAUUGUGACCACAGUUGAGGAAAUUGCGUGCAGGGGCGAACAGGUGGCUGUGGAGAUUAUGCAGCUCGUGGUCCCUGCGCGCUGGAAGACAUACGUUGACGAGAAGAUGUGGCUCACGGCUCAAGACGAGAGUUUACAAAACUUGCAUUUGGAAAAUGCGCGCGUCCAGCAGCUGGCUGAGCAAAUUUCGGAACUUCUCGUGGCAAAAGUAAAUUCGAAUGUGGUCAUUCCGAAACCAGUGUUCCUGUCGCUGCUUGCCUCGCUCCGUCAGAAUUCGGGAACGCCGGUACAAAACAGCGUAAACGGCAAGGCGGUAUCUAGCGAGUUAGACGCAUUCGCACGAUGCUGGAGCGGUAGCAUGACGGCGAGUGGCAGUGGCAGUGGCAGCAAUCUUGGUCGCAAUAAGAACAAAGACGAAUUUAGCUUCUUCCUCAAGGCGUUUGAUGAAGUCGUCGAACAACAGAAGGUUCGGCGGGAACUACUGGAUGCUAUUGAAAAGUUCCAGUCAGCACACGAGCCAGAACACGAACAACUUCUACUGCUGGGAAACACAGAGGCUGCAAGCAAUGGUCAGAUGGUUCUACAAACGAAGCAGCUUGGCACUACUGCAACGGCCGGUGGCGGACCCACUGCUGCGUCCAUGCGUCGUCUCGAACGAUGGGUGGACGAAGCUGAGAUGAUGGAGAUGACGUACGUCGAGGAGGUCGAAAGUGCGCAGUUCAUGCUGGAGGAUGCCCGGCGUGACAGCUUCUGUGCUGCAGUUGUUAGCAACGAUGGCAAGGGCCUCGACAGUGUCGAGACACUGGCAACCAACUUUGUUGCACUUGGCGCCAAGCGCCAAGAUGCCAUCUUAAAAGCCGGUGAAAUUCUGGCAAAUCGCUCGAAUAUGAUGCUGCUGGUAAACAGUCUCCGUGGCAUGUUUGACCAGCUACGUAAGCGCGAUAUAAUGAAGAUGAACGAGCGACGAAAUCGCGAUCGCACCAAAGCUCAAGAGAAGCGUGAUCGCGUGACUCAGAAGUUCCACGAUAAACAACAGCUGAUUGUUGAAAAAAUUGAGCGAGCUCGCGAGGCCCAGCGGCUAGUCGAAGAGGAAGCGCGGCUCGAGCGACGAAAGGAGGAACUCAAGCAGAUUCGUGCACAAAACGCCCGAAACCGUGCAUCGUUUGUUUGGACAGUCACUAAGACUGACGUGCUCGUAGUGCUGGUGAUCAUGGCUAUUGUGUUCUUUGAAAACCUGCGGGAAGUAGCUUUCGUAAAGCCGCUUUGCCACCCUGAUGAGUCGCAUCACUGGUGGACGGUUUCGUGGUGGACGCCGGCAUCACUUCAGGUGUUUGGUUGCGAAGUGGCGUACGGAAUGAAGAUCUUGGGUAUCCUCCUGGCACUUGGCGUGAUCUUCUUUGCUGCAGCUCAGCUCAACCUGGUGGCUGUCAUGCUGCCAGUACUUGGUGCGAUUGUCCUCUUCUAUCUGCGGGACGAAUGGAUGAACAUGCUCUUCCGCCUCCCGCUAUUGCUCGUCAUCUAUGGCUUUAAUUCAGGGAUCCUUUAUCUUUUCAACCGUUUCGAAGACCGCAGUGCCGAUGACCGCGAUGACCAUGUGGUCAAGAUGCUGGACAAGAAUGGUGCUAUCAAUCCUGCGAGAACGAAGCGGCGGAGUUUGCUGCUGUACGUGCUGUUCCCGCUCUCCUCGUUUAUUUUGACCGUGGUGACGGGUGUUGGUAUUGCUUGUGAUAUCCCCGAGCAAUGUGCCGCGUCAGCCUAUAACGCUACUGCGCCCUUACUUGGAGGAUUGUGGGAGUUUGCACGUGGAGCUUAUCGGUUGUAG